AUGCCUAGUUUUUCGGAGCCUGAAGACUCCAUUGCCUGUUGGAGAAAACGCAAGCGUGACCAUGAAGACUCCGCAACCUUUCCCCGGCCGUCAUCUUUUGUGCCAUUCCGGGUAGACCGUUCAGACUUUGACGGCGGUUUCUCUCUACCCCUGGCCCAUCACCCAGAAGGAAGCGACCUUUCAUUUCGACCGCGGUGCCUCCCUCGCAAACGCCGACACCUCCAGACCCCCUUCCUCUCAAUUUCAACCCCUCCACAAUCCUCUCUUCUCUCACCGAAUGCAUACGCUGCACCGCUAGACCCUUACUCUCCGCCCGUCUCUCCCAAGACCCUUGUGCCGCUCUCCUACCCAUCAAAUUCAGCCUCAGCGCUGCGUCCGUGUCACAUCUGCCACAGACGCCCCACCACACGCCACGUCCUAGAUGCAUACGCAGACUGUGACCUCUGUGGAGAGAGGGCCUGCUUCAUCUGUUUGCGCCAGUGCGAUGCCGUCAAUUGUCCCGGCACCAUCAACGUCCCAGUAACAGCACCCAACGGGGACCUGUUCAAUCCAGAAGAAGGUUUUGACGGACGGAGGAAGAUCUGCUCCAGCUGUGCAGUCGAAGGCAUUACCGAGACUGGCACAGAGAUUGUGAGAUGUCUCGACUGUGUCCGUGGUCAUACACCCUGGUCUGCUGGGUCCACUGCCUCGCCUUGGACAUUAGAUGGGAUGAAUCAUGAGGGUAUGGGCGGAUGA